UUUGAGAUUUGACUUGAAAUGUUGGAGGCCAGCGGUUAAUUUCAAAUUUAUAUAUAUUUACAUUACUGUGUGUAAUUAAAAAUCUAUAUGUUUUGUAUAACACUAAAACUACAACGAUUAUGUUAUCUCACGAUUUAAAUAGCCGCAUUGGUACAUGGUAAUGAAGAAAGCCGGUGCCGACCCAAAAGUUAAGAAAACUUUUGUCCGACAUAGCGAACAAAACGUGCGAAACAAUCACAAAGUGGUUCAUGAUGUGGCGGGAUCAUCAAAAUCUAGUGCGGUGAAUUUCAUUAAACCUACAGAUCAAGAACUUGAUAAACCCACGUUGUGUUCCAGUGAAGUUUUGGCAAAUUACUUGACUGACGCAAAACAUGCGAUACCAAGAGCACACAAGCUUGAUGACUUGAAUAUAGACAAAGCCCAAAUUAGUACAAAAGUAACAAAAAAAUUAAAUUUCCACUUUAAUGACAGAAUAUAUAAAAACUUGGUUGAACUUAAUGCGGACAUUGCUUCUUCAAAAAAUAAAAAAGGAAAGAAAGUAAGAACAAAUUUGGUGAAGAAGGAUCUGGAACCAAAUAUAGAGGAUUUUUGUCAGGAAGAAAAAGAAGAGGAUGAGUGUCCUCAUAUACCAGUCAUAAAGCCUAAAGUGAAGCCUGUGAAGAGGAUUGAAUCUAGCAGCUUACAUAAACUUGUGUCGUCAUUUGAAGUUUUAUGACAAAGCAUUACCAGUUAGCAUAAAAUAAAAGUAAUAGAAGUUUUAAACGUUAUGAGAAAUAUAAAAAUUAAGCUCUGUUUUUUU